AAUCGCCAUUAGUAGGGUUCAAAGAGUUUGUGUGUUUGAUUAGAGACAUUUUCUUCCACAUUGGAUAUGUUCCGUGUGUGUUUGUCCAUAAUGCCAAACUUGGUUGCUGCCAAGAGCAAGCAAGAACAAAAAAAAAUGGUAUAGGGGAAAAGUCAGAAGCAUUUGAGCUGUAUUGUACCGCGUGGGAGUAAUUAUUCUUGUGUUAUUUCGUCCUCAUUGUGUUUGCCAUGUGUAGGGUUCAAAGAGUAUCACAAGAGUUUGUGUUUGAUUAGAGACAUUUUUCUUCCACAUUGGAUAUGUUCUGUGUGUAAGUCCAUAAUGCCAAACUUGGCUGCUGCCAAGAUCAAGCAAGAAGAUAACUUUUCGGCAUAGGAGAAAAGAAAAAUAAAAACUCACCUGACGGCAGUUCUCCCUUGGCAGCCGUGAUGGCUCUCCCGAGCGGCGCGGGGGGAUCCGACCACGGGAGCUCGGGGGCGGCGUGCCCGGAUCCGGCCGAGGGAUCCGGCCGAGACAGUAGCACGAGGAGGGAGAGGAGGAGGCAUGCGGUGGCGACGAGUAGGGACAGGAGGAGGUGCGUGGCCACCGAGGGAGAAGCCGCGACUGAGAAAAGGAGGAGGCGUGCUUGAUUCAUCCGCCGUUUGGUUACUGAAAAGGCCAGUUUCUGCCCUAUAUGUAGUGUUCGAGGGGGGCAGUUCGGAUCCAACUCCGAACUCCCCUCUGCCACUACUGUCGCCACAAUCCCCACCGCCACCGCCGUUGCCCACUAGCUCCUCCGCCCGCCGAGCCCACUUGGCUGCCCCUCCCCACGGCCACGGAAACCCUAGCCUGCGUGCCACUAUUGACGAGGAAGAAGCGUGGCAGCGUCGGGCAGAGGGGGCCUGCAAGUGGGGAGCCCACAAGUGGCAGAAGUGGGCCUCCGACAACGACCGCGCGGUUGAGCUCCACCCCUACUUCCUCACCUCCGGGGAAGGGAGCUCGAGCGAAGCCCAACGCAUGCCGGUGAGGGAGGAGGGGCCGCAGUUGGCUCCGCCGUUGUCUUCUUCCUCGUCAGAGAUGGAAGUGGAGGUCGGCGGUGGCGAGGCAGCGGGGGCGGAGGAGGCUGAGCACGACGGCGACAAAGCGGGGUUCGAACCCGAGGAGAUCGAGCGCACGAAGGAGGCGUCAAAGCUCUCCAUCGCGGAAGGACGCACGCUGGCUCGCCAAGGAGCAGUUGAAGUUGGCAAGGGCCAUCAAGCGCUCCACCGCCUUGUCCUCGUCUCCGGUGAGGGCAGCUUCCCCGUCAUCGUCCGAAUCCGGUGAGGGAACCGAAAGCCGGCAGUGCCAGCAAGGAGCAUUUUGUUUUUUUAGGUGAUUGCUCCUCUAUUUAGCACUUAGUGAAUGUCGAAGUAGUGAUGUACUCCCUCCGUUCCUAAAUACUUGUCGCUUUUUUAGUGCAAACUCUCACUAAAACAGCGACAAGUAUUUAGGAAGUAUUUAGGAACGGAGGGAGUAGUAGAACUAGGUAAUGUCAAUCUGCGAUCAUGAUGAAUCGAUGGAAUGUGAAGAA